UUCUUGACACACUCUGGAAAUUGUUUUUUUCGACCAUUCGUAUUUCAAAUUCAGAUCAAUUUAAUCAGAUACUCGUUUUGGUUAGUUUAAAAUUGUUCAAUUGCUAUUCAUUGCUAUUUUGCGCAAUUACUCACUGAAUUUGAGGUGCGCCAUUUAUUAUACAUACUGUCACUUUAAAUUACACAGAGGACUGGUACGGAUUGACACGGCUUCAUACAAGCAGACUAGCCUACUAGUUACACGUUCAGGUUUUCCGGGGCUUUGGAUCUCUGGCUGCUAGCUAUCUAUUUAUCUAUCUAUCUAUCCAUCCAUUCAUCCAAUAAAACCAUGUCUGCUCCUGCUACAGAAGGCUCUGCGCCUGGCAACCGCCGCCUACAACAGACACAGGCCCAAGUGGAUGAGGUGGUGGAUAUCAUGCGUGUGAAUGUGGACAAGGUGUUGGAGCGUGACUCGAAGCUGUCGGAGCUGGACGACAGGGCGGAUGCAUUGCAGGCCGGAGCCUCCCAGUUUGAGACCAGCGCUGCCAAACUCAAAAGGAAGUUCUGGUGGAAGAACUGCAAGAUGUGGGCCAUCCUGAUAGCGGUUAUAGUCAUCAUCCUGGUCAUCAUCAUCGUCUGGAGCACAGUGCCGUAAAGAAGCAGUUGUUGGAGGCGGAAGAGGAAUGGAGCGAAUGAUGGAGAGGAGCGAGUAAAGAGCUGAAUGUCUCAAACACGAUGUCUCAUGGUUUAGCCUACUGAGCUUCAAAGCCCAUUCUAUACAGCAGUUGUCUUUCUUUCUGAUCCCGGAGGGCCUAUCCAGUGAGAUUUAGAAUGAUACAUUGCAGAUAGAAAUGUAUUGCAUGGAACUGACACCAUUCUUCAUUCCAUGAUAGAAAGUCAUGUUCAUUUUGUACAGUACCUUUUCUAUCUGCAACUCUCUGAAUGUACCUGCUGAAUAGACUCCUGGUUAAACUAUAUAUAAAUGUCAGACACACACACACUGUGGCCCUCCAGCACCAGGAGUGAAGCACACUGCUUUGAAUUUCUCCCCGUUAUAUUUUUAUUUUUUGUUUUUAUUAAUAAUACUAAUAUAUUUGAUUGUGUGUGUGGCAGAGCGAGACAAGUCCCUGUGUGCUUUCCUGUUAGUCUCUACUGUAAUAUUGACCUGAUGUGCCAAGGAGUCACCCGCCACCCCCUUAAACACACACACACACACACACACACACACACCAGUGUGAAGUCCCACACCAGUCAUCAGAUCAGAACACCAAAUGACAUGGACUAUUGGAUUAUUAUAUCCACAAACAACUGGGCAUGGCUGAGAUUCAGUCUCAACCUUGUUCCCGUCUCUAAUGGGACUGGGUGUGUGUGACCCUAAAUAUGUGGGCUUGAGUUCAGAGAAACUCCCAAGAUGCCAAGACAGGCACACAAGCCUUGUUUCUUUUCUGUUUGUCAGUCAUUUUGGUCGAGCAGACUAUGAUACUGCCACUGCCAUCAGUGCCACUCCUGUCAUAUAAAAAUAGGGCCUUAAGUAGUGAUUCAUGUCAAAGCACCAAACAAUAGAUAUCAGGCAAAGAUGGGGGAUGACAUUUCGGCUGCCUUGAACUUAAGAAACACAGCCAAAAGACAGCCAAGCCUUAUCGAACCAACAUACAGAACCAGCAGUGCCUUUUCAAUGGUCUGCAUAUUCAUGCCCGCACACACAUACAGGCACUAAUGGUCUUCUUCUCUGCAGGCUCCUGCUAUCCUUCAUAUUAUGCUACUCACCAAGUCCACUCACCGCUGUAUGAGAAUUCUAGAACCGUUCAAUUUUUUUUAUUAAUUUGAUGCCAAUAAAUGUAUUUGUUUUUGUUCCAUAAAUAUCUUUGCUGUGUAGUGUUACUAAUCUUAAGAGAGAAACUGUGUGGUUUAUUUUUCUUUGCAUACUGAAAUGCCUUUAGUUGCCAUGAUACAUUUGCUUCUGCAGUGAAGAGCAUCAUGGAUGUUUGGGAAGGAGGAACUGUCAGGAGCAUGUUCAGUAUGUGUCACCCCCUUUUAAAGGGUGCCAAAACCAAGGGCCUAUUCUCUGGGGUGCAACUCUAUGGAUCCUUCAGAGGUGUAUUGCAUAGAACCAAUGUCACUGUCUUGUUGAAGAGUGAAUUUUGUUCAAUUCAUUACAUUUCUAUCUGAAGUGCUCUAAAGAUGUUUGAACUUACUGAAUAAACUCCAGCCCUGCCAAAUAAGCCUUACCCAAGUCUACCCCUCCCUGUGUGAAUAUUAGAAAGAAGUGCAAUUGUACUAUGUGGCUUUACAAUGUUGUCUUGCUUGAAUAAAAACAGAUUUAACUAUCA